CAGAGUGAUCAUGAAGAAGAGGGGAAAUCUUUCAAGCUUUACUAUUUUGUUUUUGUGGUAUGUAACAGACAUGGGUAGAUGAAAAAUUGACGUGGAAUCCAGACAACUAUGGUGGUAUUAUAGAAAUGAAUGUUCUCCAAAAAGAUAUAUGGAUUCCUGAUUUGACAGCUACUAAUUCAAUUGAUGAGGAUGCAAUUUUUGGAGGCGACAAUCUACGAGUGUAUGUUAACCAUAGUGGUAACAUUGACUGGGAACCAGGCUUUACUUUCACUACGAGUUGUACUGUUGAUGUAACUAUGUUUCCGGUAGAUUAUCAGACAUGCUCAGUAACUGUUAUGCCCUGGAUGACUGCUGAUAAUGAGAUUAUAAUUAAUAAAACAGAAGUUGUCACAGACCAUCUUUUAGCCCCUAACGGUCAGUUUGAUAUCGUGGGAAGCAGUGUUACCAAAUCGAAAUUUUCCAUUUUUGGAAAUCCCAAUAACAAACUGACCGAGUCAGACUUUACCCUAGAACUGAAACGGAAGUCAACGUUUUAUCUUUUAAAUGUAGUUGGGCCUAUUGCAGCAAUCUCGUUUCUGUGUGGAGUUAGCUUUCUUGUACCCUCGGAGAGUGGAGAAAAGUUAACAGUUGCAAUAACAGUGUUGUUAUCCUUAACAGUUUUCCUGGGUGUCGUUGAUGAUUAUCUACCAAAGACAUCAGACAGCAUCUCGUAUUUUGUGAUUUAUGUGACGUUAUUAAUCGGAAUGAGUUUUUUAGCAGUCAUAGGAAAUGUGAUUACCCUCUUCAUUCACAGCAGGAGUUCAAGUGCUACCAUACCACGAUUUUUAAAGAUUCUCAUAAUUCGAAAGUAUAAAAACGCAAAAUCUGAACAAAGGUCAAUGGAUAAGGUGUUUCCUGCAUCCCUCCGUAGAAGUUCUGUCGUGUCGAUUAUGACUAUGCCAGUGAAACCAUCUUGCUGUGACAUAUGUGGUAUAAAUAAUGAAUCAGUUUGCAAUCACUGGCCAGAAGUUGCAAAGAUGGCCGACAAGUUCGUUUUUAUCAUUUUUACUCUUACUCUUUUCGGUAUUAAUGCUGGGUUUUCUUUUAUGUAUAUGUGAAAGGUGUUCUGCAACCUUUGUUACACCCGUUUUGUUACAGACCAUUGCAAGUGAGUUUCCAGUCAGUUAGUUUAUUCUAUUGAAAUAUAAGUACAUAAUCAGUGGAGAAUGAUAUGAUUCCGACGAGAGACGCUCUUUAUUUAAUUGUUAAUCUCAA